AUGAGCAUGUAUAUGAAUGUCUGUACUCUGUACUUCAAGAGGGAGAUUUCGAUGUUGGUGAAUGGACAGAAAGCUUGGUGUGUGGCAAAGCCUGCAGCACCACAACAAGCACUGCAGUCAGCUCUGGACUAUGCCUGUAACUAUGCAGAUUGCAGCCCUACAAAGAAAGGAGGUUCUUGCUAUGACCCAGAUAGGCCAGUGCACCAUGCCUCAUUUGCCAUGAAUGCUUACUACCAGAAGAUGGGAAGAAACCAAUGGAAUUGUCAUUUUAACAAUGCUAGUCUCAUUUCCUUGGCAGAUCCAAGUUACAAUCCCUGCUGCCAAUUUGUGAGUGGAGGAUCAGGACCUCCA